UCAUGGCCCAGAAUUAUUAUGACAUUCUGGGCAUCACCAGGGAUGCCACUGCCGAGGAGAUUAAAAGAGCCUACAAAAAAGCGGCGUUGACUCAUCAUCCGGACAAGGGUGGCGAUGAAGACAAAUUCAAAGAAUGUGGUGCCGCAGUGGAGACAUUGACCGAUGAAAGGAAACGGGCAGCCUACGAUUCCACCUUGAUCCGGCUGCGGUCAAAAGAUGGUCUGGGAAGUGGUUUCUCUCGGUUCGUAGCGCGGGACUCUUCGAGCGAACGGCCGCGACCAAGUGCAGGUGCUCCAAAGCCAGCCGCACCGCAGCCUGCGCCACACGUGCCUCAACCACCCAAAGCCAAGAAGAAUGUGGAGAUCCCAUCCGACCCAAGUAGCUUAUCCAUCAAGGAGCUGAAAGAGCUCCUUACAGCCCUGGGAAUCGACCAUGAAGGUUGCCUGGAAAAGGCCGACUUGCUGGCGCUUCUUCGUGACCGGAAGGCGGCACGGUACAGCGACACACCUCGCGAGUCGGCGCCUAAACCGCCUCCGCCGGCGUCCUCCACAGCGUCAGCCUCGCAUGGCGCGGGACGGGCCUUGAGAGUGAAGGUGAUGUCCAUAGGCUCGGCCACCGUAGGGAAGAGCACCUUGAUCAAGCGCUACUGCGAAAGUCGAUUUGUCCAGAAGUACAUCCCCACCAUUGGCAUCGACUAUGGCGUGAAACCUGUGAGAGUGCUGGGACAUGACCUGAAGGUGAACUUCUUUGACACUUCAGGAGGCGACGAAUUCCGAGAAAUCCGCACGGAAUUUUACACCAUGGGGCAAGCCAGCGCGGUGCUGUUGGUGUACGAUGUGACCAACCGGAAAAGCUUCGCGGACCUGUCUUUGUGGCUGGAGGAGGCGCACUCCCAUGGAUGCCCAUUGUCCCGCGCCAACCGCGGCAGUUGCUGCGUGGCGCUCUGCGCCAAUAAGCUGGACCUGGGCCGCCGCGCCGUGAGCCGUGCAGAAGGGGAGGAUUUUGCUGCCAGCCAUGGCAUGCGAUACUUCGAGACAUCUGCGGCCACGGGGGAACAGGUCACUGAGGCUAUGAAUUAUCUCUUUGAACAGGCGGUGUUGCUUGGCUUGGCGAGAUCCAGCAUGUUGGAUGAGACAUGA